GUUAUACACAACCAGUGGUAUCACUCAAGUCUUGGACAGCUAACGUAGCGCAUGUAUUUUCUUUAAAAUAUAUAAACGGGUUCGGGUCCUCGUGUUAAAUAAAAAAAUAAAAACAAAGAAGAUUUUUUAAAAAGAAAUUAAAAAAAAGAAAAUAAAUUAUAACAAAAGUUAUAAUUUAAUUAAUAAUAAACAAUUUUAUUAUCUUUAAGAGAAAAUAAACAGCCUUCAAAACGGGUCAAUUACUAAGUUUAUUAACCCAUUCUGUAGCAUUUACCUUUUAUGUACCACGUACAAAAAGGCCACUACUAUCAAACUGGAAAAUUCCUGGCCAACAAACAGCAAAUUGGCUAAUACAGCAGCAGCAACAACAACACCUACACAAGCGACAAAACAUGCCUCAUAAUAAUCAUAAUGAUGAUGAGAUUUUAAUUGCUCAUCCUUGUUAUCGUGCCAAUGGCUACUCUCGCUUAUCUUCCAUCUGUCCUGCCUAUUGUGAUUGUGAAUUUCCCAAGACAACGGCUGUGGCCGGUUAUAAAGGUCAUAUACCAGAUAUGAUUAAAUGUCGUUGUGGUGAAGAUGAUCCUGCCACACAUACGAUACACUGGAAUUGGCAUGAGUGUUCGGAAUCGGAUACAAUUAUUAAAGGACAAGAUGUUACAUUCCAUCCCACCUAUUCACAGGGUACGGCGGUUGUAAGAGGAGAUCAACCGCUAGCAGCUGGUAUGUUGCAUUUCUGGGAAAUGCGUAUACUGACAGCACUGUCGGGUACAGAUGUGAUGUUUGGCAUUGGUACCGAUAAAUUCGAUCUUACACAAUUUAAAUUCCAUUUUGUGUCUGCCUUGGGUACCAACUCCCAGUCAUGGGGUUUCUCUUAUGAGGGGAAAAUUCGUCAUAAUGGUGUGCAUUUAAAAUAUGGACAGAAAUUCUCUCAGGGCUGUAUAGUGGGAGUAUUACUCGAUCGUAUGCGUGGCCAAUUAGAAUUCUUUCUUAAUCGUCGCUCUUUGGGUGUAGCCUAUUGCAACAUUCCUAAUGAUCCCCAACUAAAACUCUAUCCCAUGGUUUGUUCCACAGCCGCCAAAUCCUGUAUUCGACUAAUGAAUGCCACCUCUCAAGUGGAAUGUUUACAAUUGAGAGCUUUUAGAGCUUUAGUGAAACAACCUAAGGCCUUGGAAGAACUAAGACAACUGCCAGGAUUGAAAACUAUUUUAAGGAACUAUUGGUUUUUAGCUCCUCCCGUAAGAUACUCACGAGAAAGUAAAUCUAAUGAAUACGAUAUGUUAGAUGAAGCAGUUUUAUCUUCGAAAACUCGUUUAAGUCGAAAACAUAAAUAUAAAGAUGAUGACUUUGCCGAUAUUAAUGAUCUCUAUACAAAUGCCCAUAAGAUAGCUGUACAUCAUCAGCAUGACAGUGAAGAUGAAUUGGUUUUAAGUGAAUAUUUUGAUGAAUAUUUUAAUUAUUUGUUUUGAACAACUCACUCGCAAUCUCUUUUCCUUAAUUCUACUUUUAAUUAUUAAUACUUUUCAUUAAUUACUUAUGAUGAAUUUCUUUUAAAUGUGUUCAUUUUUUCCUUGUUUAACUUUGUUUCUCUAACAUCUUAAAUAUCCUUAGAAAUAUCCCAAUUUAGUUGUAAAAUUUUUAUUUUCAAGAAAAAGUUAUUAAAAAUAAUUGUUAAUUUAACACUCAUUGUUGUA